AGUUAUUAGUGGAUGAGCAGUACGAGUGUGUAUAGGCAGGAGAAAAUCCUAUGCAAGAGCUGCCGACGAUAGGUGCGGAAUAUUCAAAGGUGUCGCUUCAAAUCAAUGUGGAAACUUAUAAAUUCAUACUUACGCGGACAGAUACAUACAUACAUGAGAACAUAUGUGUAAUUAGAAUUAUUUGCGGCAUGAGUUUUGUGUAAAAAUUAUCUUUGGGGUUUUGGAAAACUCACACAUUGAUCAGUAGAAAUUCGGACGCGCGAUUAAAUGGUUGAAAGACGAGCGUUCCUAAAUUAAUUAUACCGCAUAAAUGGUUGUGAAAGCAUAAAUGAAAAAAUCGUGUGGAGAACGAGAGUGUAAAACGUGUCAGUUUAAAAGAGAUCAAGUAAACAAAAAGGAACAUUGCAAAGGAGAAAAAGAAAAUUACAAAAACGUUUUCUAAAAUAAUUUCAUAACUCACUGAAGAUUAUAAAAGUAUUAAUAUUGAAACACAGUACAAACAAAUUUAUGUAUAACAGUAGUUGAGAAAUCAAUAAAUUUAUUUGAUUAUCUCGUGAAAAUUUAAAUGCGUGAUCGCUUUUUGCUUCAGUAUAUUGACGUACAACUUUAACGACGAAAUCGGAAAAUUCCGAAACCGAAAGCUAUUUAUAUAUACGCUGCAUAUGUAUGUGCUUAUAGAACGUACGCUUCCAGAGCCAUCCAGCCGAAUUUCAUUGUGCAAUAAAUUAAAAUAAAUCGUUCUACAUCCGAAUAUCACACACAUAAAUCAUUGAUAUUUUAAAAGUACGGACAAUAAAUUCAGAAGUGAAAGUAAACGACACAGUGAAGGAAAAUGCAGCGCAUUUUUUGCCUGAUAAUUUUGAUGCUCAGUUUGGCCGUGAAUGCUUGGGCCAUUGAAUGUUACUCAUGUGAAUCCAUCUACCAUUCCAGUUGCGGGGAUGACUUCGACAUGGAAAACCACUUCAAAUUGGAUUGCUCGCAUGUUCCACCACCACGAUAUCUCGGGUAUGACUUGGAUGAACGAAACGCAACGGGUUGCAUGAAACGGACAUAUAAAGUGGGAGAUCUGCUGCGGAUCGAACGCAAUUGCUUUUUCGGUGACAUGAACGACACGGACCGCGGUUGCCAACUGGAUCCUACAGUGGAACAAGCGGACCCAAUAUCGUGUGAUGUUUGCGACACGGAGGAUUUUUGUAAUCACAGCAGUCAACUGAAGGCGUGGCCACAAUAUUUAGCCAUCGCUUUGUUUGCGUUUACGGCGAAACUCUUGCAUGGGCUAAGCUAAAAUAUGUUUGCAUUGUAAAUUGAUGCAGAAACUCAACUCUGCUUUCUUCAGUAUCCAGCUCCAAUAGAAAGACAUAGAGGUAGCAGAAUUUGUUUACUGUUGUAGUUGAGCGAAAGAUUAUUUGUUAUUUGUUUUUGUAGCGAGUAGUAAAAAAUAUUUUAAAUUAAUAAAAACAUUAAAUUAUAAAA